UGAAAAGAACGAAAAAGCACCAACAAAAUAAGUCCCAGUAUCAUUAUACUUCAUGUGACGGCGGCGUGUUGCGGCGGACUCUGCGAUGCUGAGGGAAAGCAAACCAGAGGUGGAGGAGGCCAGCAGGAGUCGUGCCAGCCUCAGCCGCGCUGUGUGGGACGCUCUGCUGUUGUGCACUGGGGACAUGGAGCACUUGGAUGACUACGUGCAGGACAAGUCAUUUGUGCUGCAGCUGGCGGUGUGGGGCCUGAGAGGGGUGGCCCGGGUGACCCUAGCCAACAACCCGCUGACUGGCGCUCUCAUCCUGGCUGCACUGUACUGGGCUUCCCCCUGGCAGGGCCUGCUGGGAACUCUGGGCGCCUUGGCCUCAACGCUAACAGCUGUUAUCAUGGGACAAGACAGUGCUGAGGUGUCAGGAGGUCACCAUGGUUGUAACGGCAUGUUGGUGUCUCUGCUGAUGGGAGUGUUUAGCUCGGCUGGAGACUGGUACUGGCGCCUGCUGCUUCCCGUCUGCCUCGGAUCGGCUACCUGUGUCUUUGUGUCCAGUGGUCUCUCCUCUGUGUUGGCCCGCUGGGACUUGCCUGUCUCUGUGUUUCCCUUCAACAUCAUCAUCAUCCUCUACCUCCUUUGUGUGGGCCCAGACAAUCUCGACUUUCCGCACCAGCCAGCUUUGCCACCAGGGGCGCUGGCGCCUAAUAGCACCAAAGUCGUUGCAGUAGAGGUGAUGCGUGGCAUCCCUCUUGGUGUGGGUCAGAUCUUUGCGUGUGCGGCGCUCGGGCCGUCCCUCCUCAUCCUGGGAGCUGUUGCGCUCUACUCCCCGCUGCUGGCUGCCCAUGCUCUGCUGGGAUCAGCAGUUGGCUCGCUGGCUGGCUUAUCCAUGGCGGUGCAUCAUCAUUCUCUGUACUCGGGUCUGUCUGGGUUUAAUGGAGCUCUGGGCUGCAUGUCUGUUGGAGGACUCUUCUUCACCUUCAACUGGAGGACCCACCUCUUGGCCAUUACCAGUGCCUUUCUCUCUGCAUAUGCGGACAUCGCCCUGGGGAACCUGCUUGGAACUGUGGGUCUCCCAGCAUGCAGUUGGGCAGCUACUCUUACAGCCACACUGAUGCUGCUGCUGACCGGCAGUUUAGCGGCAUACCGCAUCCCCACUGGUCAAGUUAUGGCCCCUGAACACAACCUGCACGCCUGCAGCCAACGGGCAGCUGGGAACACCACGGAAAGAGAACGAACUGUUGUGUAGUGUGAGGAGACAGACACACACACACACACACACACACACACACACACACACAUAGCCAUGUGAUCAUGAUUACACGGACUAGCCUUAACCAGAACUACAAGUAACAUACAGCCAAACCUUAAUCUAACAUUAAAAUCACAAUUAAUUUGGUUUCACAGAAUUUGCUCCACAACACAUUUACAAGAAGCAAUAGCCACACGAUUGGGGUCUUUGUGAAAGGGGCUCCUGUGCAUCCUAAGGUGCAUCAAAAACACGAUGCAGGCCGAGCUCGCUCCCACUCCCACGAAGCGCAAUCACCCCGCUUGUAAUGAACAUGUUUGCAUCAGAGGGAGAACUACCCUGCUGGACCGCUCCUGGAUGACUUUCCAAAACUUCUGUCUCGAGCAGCAGCAGAAUACACCCAGACACUGGUGGUGACGGUGUUCUAUUGACUUGCAGAGACUGAGGAAGAGAUGAAUCUGAAGAGUCUGCGAAGACUGGGUGGUGAAGGGGAGGUGGACGGUGCGCGUGUUACAGCAAAGGCAGGGAGAGAAUUCAUAGAAGAUAUGGUGAUAGGCUAACAAGGCAGGUGUGUAGCAAUGCAAUUGGAUAGAUGAGACCAGCUGAUGAACAGCUGAUUGCUACAACGACAACAUGAAUCUUGGAGCGCGCACAAGUGAGAGGAGAGGAGGCAGGAUGAAUGAGAAUUCAACUUUGACUGAAGCUUGCAUGAGAGUAGUCUUCUUGACUGAAAUUAUGCCAGAGCUAUAUUUAUGUGUCAAAUUGUUUAACUACCUGAGUUAUUAAAGUGUGUGUUUCUGCAUCA